AUGCAUUCACUCCCUAUUAUCUGUCUUCUCUCGAUUUUCUUUGCGUCGGUCCUUGCCGCUCCCUCGCCCCAUCCACAAUUACGUACAUGGAGGCAUCCUGAGGAAGUUGGGUCGACAUAUCUUGACUCCGACACUCGCGAUGAAGAAGAACUAAUACCUGCCCUUAUUGACGCUCCGAACGAAAUGUGGACCUUGAGUAUCGACAGAGUGCCUUAUUACACUACGUUCCAGGAUGGAAAAUGGGUCAAGGGGGGGUCAGAAAGGUACAAUGCGGAUGUUGGGAUACUGAUGGGUAGCUUCGUUAUGCCUGAGUCGGGGAAGAAUUUGCUCCAUGAUUCUUUGAAAUCAUCCCCCAGUGCCGACAUGGACGUGCUAUGGAUUUACAACACAAUGCGAUCGCUGGAGCUGAAUAUUCGUAAACAUUUUGACAUAAACAUCGAUCUGGUCGCAAACUACUUACCGUAUAUGAAGGUCAUGCUAGAGAAGAAAGGCAGUGGAGCCUAUGGCUUAAUUACACGGAAUGAAGAGGGGCGGUACAUGCAAACUUUGAAACAUCUUUUCCCCGGCAAUAGUGGAAUUUGA